AUGUCCGAGGACGAACUGAUGGACUUGGAGCCACACCGCGUCGGAACGCCGUCCAUUCCCAGUGAGGAGCAUCGGUCCACGCAAUAUUCGGGCUCGCAGGGGCCGCGCAAGGAAGCGCAGAACACGAAGGCCAAAGACUUGGGCCACAUGGCUGUCAAGGACCUGCUCGAGCGGACCAAGGCGCUUGAGGGUCGCGUUGCGAAGCUUGAGUGGGUCUUUAAGAUUCAAGUGCUUGAGAAGGAGAAGGAGUACCUGCUACAGAAGCGCGAGAAACGGGACCAGUCCCUAGCCCAGUGCAAGCAGGAAUUCGGCCGCGCCCUGAAGAAUGCGCAGGCGCUCGAGUCGCGGAAUACCUUCAAGGUCGCCGACAACGAAAUCUGCAAGGAGUGGGCGGACCUUCGGUACCUUGUCCGGGAUUUCGUCCGCCAAAACCUGGUACGCGUCGUGGCUCCGGGGGCCACCACCCCCGAGAUGGCGGCGAUAUUCCAGGACAUUGUAUCAGACCCGCGAACUUUCCUUGAAAAUCCUUACCUGGCCCAGACGCUAUUCGAGGCCUGGAUCUGGAGAUGUCUCCAUGCCUCCGUCUUCUCCGAGGAUUCACCGGUCUGGGCGAGCGACCUGGGCAAGUCCUUCUUCACUGGCGUCUAUGGCUACGCGGCAGGUAUUGCUGGCAAAUCCGAAGCUCUGCAGGGUCAGCUCCACGACUGGCGAUCCAGGUCUGUCGCCUUUUUAAGCCAGCUUAGCCCACCCAAUGACAAGUUGAUGCAGAGGCACACUGCCGACAUCCAAAAGCUCCUGCAGCCGUUCAGAUUGCCCGACGCCGGCCAGGACGUUUGGUGCACCUUCCCCAUCAUGUCCUCUGCUUGCGCGUUAGACUUGACGCUUCGCAAGUCCAGGGCCGAGUUUGUUGUAUGGCCCGUUCGCUUCUCCGACAAUUUACAAUACAACAAAGGAUCCAUGAAGAGGCGGGACCUGUUCGGCGAACCACAAGAUCUGGAUAGCCAAUCCCCCAUGGCGGUAGAUCUAGCCGUCAUCCCAGGGCUCGUCAAGUACGGCAGCUCAGACGGCAGGAACUACAAUUCCUACUUCGUGCUUCAGAAGAUGGAGGUCGUCUGCGGCUUGCCUGAGCCCGAGGGCGUCUGCGGCUUGCCUGAGCCCGAGGGCGUCUGUGGCGUGCCUAAGCCCGAGAUCGUCUGUGGUAACGCCAACCACCAAGAUGCGCAGGGUAAAAAAAGCUCCUAGAGCGUGGUGAUACGGGUGGUAAUCCUUGAAAGGGAGGUAGGAGGGGCGUGUGCCUGGACGUGGAGGCCCCAGGAGGGACUUUUUUUAUUUCUCGCUUUUUCAGACGAGACACAAUC